AUGAGAUAUGUUACCACCAGCUUCUGGACGGACCUUGAUGAUGUGAACAAAGACGAUCCUCCUCCAGUCAAACAUUCAACGACUGCAGCUGACUCGGUAUCAUCCAUGCGGCCCACUGAACCAAGCCGUUAUCAAACCUUCGUCUUUGCCUUCUAUUCUUCAACAGUUGAUCUACGCCAGUUGCAUCCCACCGAAGGCCGAACUUUCACGCUUUGGCAAUGGUUCGUGGAAAGAGUCGAUCCCGUAUUGAAGCUCAUUCACAUUCCUACCAUACAACGGCAAAUUCUUCAGGCCAGCCAAGAUCUUGCCAACAUCCCUCCUGCUUUCGAAAGUCUCAUGUUCUCGAUAUACCAUGCAGCUGUGACGAGUAUCCAAUGUUCGGUUUCCUAUCAGACUUUGUUGCAAGAAGAGAGACAGACCUUACUCGAUCGUUAUCGAUUUGGAGUCGAGCAAGCCUUGGCCAAGGCAAAUUUCAUGAGCAGUCCGAAUGUGCCCACACUACAGGCGCUGACGUUGUACUUGAUAUGUGCCCGCCAGUCUGCUGAUAAGACCUACAUUUGGUCUCUGACAGGACUGCUUAUUCGCUUAGCCAUGAAGCUGGGACUUCAUCGGGACCCUGUAGCUCUUGGACUCCCUCCUUUUCACGCCGAGAUGCGGAGGCGGCUUUGGUGGCAAAUUUUGAUUUUGGAUGUUCGAACAGCAGAAGAUAACGACAUGGACCCCGUCAUUUGUGAACACGCAUUCGACACGAAAUACCCGGCGAAUGUGAAUGAUGUUGAUCUUGAUGUUAAUAUGACUGAGCCUGUCCGUGGCUCUGACCGUCGCACGGAGAUGUUGUUCACCCUGACCCGCUUCGAAGUCAGCUAUGGCGCACGAAAACUAGUCUUUUCCCCCAAAUUUACUGUCGACAACGGUUAUCCAAGUCUCUCUGUGCAAGAGAAGAUCGACAUGGCCGACUCUUUGUUGGGCAAAAUUGAAGGCAAAUACCUGAGAAAUUGCGAUACAAGAAUACCCAUCUGCUUCCUGGCUGCCACUGCUAAUCGAAUAGUUCUGGCUAAGAUCAAGCUCACCAUUAGUCAUCCUACUCGGAGCGGAUCGUCUAAAAUCUCACAAGAAAGACACCAAAGCCUCGUCGAGAACAGCAUUGAGAUUAUCGAGUAUGCACGCACCUUGCGAGCGGACGACAAAUACUCUCGCUGGGUUUGGCUCUUCCAAACCUACAUUGAAUGGGACGCGGUUGCUUUCUUGCUGCACAGUAUAAAUGCUGUCCCGCUACCUACUCUACUUGAACGAGCAUGGAAAGCAAUCGACACAUUUUUCAGAGACUGGAAAGGACAUGUUCUAGACACCGACAGACGGUGGCGCCGGUUGGAAAGUCUUAGGGCAAAGGCUGCCACCAAGCAGGGCUUGCAUGGAUUGCCAUCAAACGCUGAUGAAGCCCAACUUACCACAAGGUCCUGGGAGCAAGAUGCAAACACGACUGUGUCCUUCAUUCCACUAAACUCGGGGAAUGUCGCAAACCUUGGUGACUGCAGCACACAACCCGACGGCGAACACCAAAGCCAUUCCGCUCUUUCAACAGCCAGUCGUUCCCACCUAGCAGGUGAAGCUACAGGGGCAGAGUAUGUCGACUGGAAUUUUGACAACGUCCCGUAUAUCAUGCAAAGUGCAUCAACUUGGGAGAUGGACCUCGACGAGAAUGCAUUCAGUUCAUGGAUAUAG